AUGUUUUGUGCUAUUUCUGGAGAAGCACCUAAAGAACCUGUCGUUUCUCUCAAGUCAGGAAGCGUAUUUGAAAAGAACUUGCUUGAAAAAUUCGUUGAAGAACAUGGUCGUGAUCCCAUCAAUCAAGAAGCAAUGACAACAGAUGAUAUACUUGCUCUCAAGACAACUCCCGAGACAGUCAAGCCUCGUCCUCCCAAGUUGUCUUCUGUUCCUUCCAUCUUGUCUACCCUUCAAGAUGAAUGGGACAGUGUGAUGCUUGAAUCAUUCACCCUGAAACAACAAUAUCAACAAGUACGUCAAGAAUUAUCUCAUGCUUUGUAUCAAAACGAUGCUGCUACUCGUGUGAUUGCGCGUUUAAAGAAAGAACGCGAUGCUGCUAGAGAAGCACUUGCCAAUGUACAAGCUCAUUUAGGUGUUUCUGCUGCACCUGCUACCACAGCUGCACCAGCUCAAGAAUCCAUGGAAGUGGAUGGUGGUUUACCUGAUGAUGUUGUUGAAAAGAUCAACAAGACCAGUGAAGAAUUAUCUUCUAUGCGUCGUCAAAAGAAGAAGCCACCAGUCGAGUAUGCCACAUUGGAAUCUAUCAAAGCUUAUCAACAGACCAACACAAUUCCUUCGCUUCAUUCUGCUCGUUCAGCAGGCAUCACAGCUCUCGAUAUUGACGCAACGGACAAUUUGAUCUUGACAGGUGGUAAUGAUAAGCAUGUCCAGGUCUACAACAAGGCAGAAGAUAAAGUGGUUGUCAACUUGGCAGGCCAUACCAAAAAGAUCACUAGUGUUCAAUUUAGAGGCAAACAACAAGAGAAUGAUGUGUUUAUCAGUGCCAGUGCAGAUAAACAUGUCCGUGUCUGGAUACCUGAUGAUAAAAAAGUGUAUGCUUUGGGCCACAAUAUCAAUGCACACAAGCAUGAAGUGACUGGUGUUCAUGUUCAUCCUUCCAAAGACUAUUUUGUCAGUGCUGGUUUGGAUGCUAAAUGGUCACUUUAUGACUUUGAAUCAGCCAAGCCUGUUGUAGAGACAUUCCAUGCACAAGAGCAAGGCUAUUCAUCUAUUCAAUUCCAUCCUGAUGGUAUGAUUUUGGGUGCAGGCACAACAGAUGGUGUUGUGCAGAUCUGGGAUGUCAAGUCUCAAAAGGUCGCUGCUCAGUUUGAAGAUCAUGCAGGACAUGUCAAGGCCAUUGCAUUCUCCGAAAAUGGUUAUAUCUUGGCCACUGCUUCUGAAGAUAAUCUUGUCAAGAUUUGGGAUCUUCGUAAAUUAGCCAACACAAAGACAUUCAGUUUGGAUGAAGGCUAUAAGGUCAAUACACUCAAGUUUGAUCAUUAUGGACAAUACCUUGCUGUGGGUGGUACUGAUGUACGUGUCUUAAAAGCCAAGGAUGGCUCUUCCCUUGCUACAUUUACUGAUAACAAUGCUACUGAAAUCACUGGUCUACACUGGUCUUCUCUUGCUCAAACAUUGGUCAGUUCAGGCUUAGACCGUACAGUUCGCUUUUAUGGCACUGCCAAUGAAUAAAAUACAUAUAUUGUUUAUAUAUUAUGAU